ACACACACACACACGCACACACGCACAGACACACAUGCUCAUCGGUAACAGCCAAACCUUUCACAGAGAUGUGAGGAGGACGCUCUCGCACACACACACACUUUCUCACUCACGUUCACACACUGCCUGCUUAGUCAACAGCUCACGUAGCGCUGCGCACACACACACACACACACACACACACACACACGUAUCAGACGACACACAGUCUCUCUCUCUCUCUCUCUCUCGGCUGCUGUCACUCUCCCUCUCUCGCUCCGCUGCAAUCACCGAGCUCCUCACACACACACACACACACACACACACACACACACACACACACACACACGGGAUGUGGGGUUCAGUGACGCUGUGACGUCGCCUCACACACACUUCUCGCUUGUCUUGCAGCACAUGCUUUAACGCAGACACACACACACAGACACACACCUCUCGCAGUGUGCUGGUGGAAUGAGGCGGUGAUGUUCUGGGACAGGAAGAACAACGCGGGUAAUUCCCAACGACGGCCCAAAGGACGACACAGACCCAAGUCGGCAACAGCCACCAGCGGUCUAGAGGCGGAGGGCGGUAGGCGCGGCGGCAGCAGCAUCCACGGCGACGGCAACCACAGCAUCAGCAGCAGCGGCGCCGGAGGAGGAGGAGGAGGAGGAAACAGCGGCGGUGGUGCGGCCCACUUCAGGUCUCCAUGGCAACAGAGCGUGAACGUGUUCGGCUCCUGGAGCAGGCCGGAGUGUGUCGAGGAGCUGCACCAGGAGGCGCAGCUCAACCUCCAGAGCCUGCUGCAAGACUUUGAGGAGCAGUUGUGCGACACCAAGCUAACCGGUCAGACCUUCCGGCAUCCGUCCCCGCAGAGCUCCGAGGACACGUCCACCUCGCUCAGCCGCUCGCCCGUCUCCUUCAACAACAAGAGGUCGGACUUCAUCUUCCUGCCGGCCUCCAAGCAGCUCUACGACGAUGAGACCGCCUCCUCGGUGUUCGGCCUGAGGUCCGCCGCCGACCCCUCCCCCUCCCCGAGCCCGUCGCCCUGCGGCUCCGAUCGCCCCCCGCCGGGCUGGAACAGCACCAACCACCACAGCAGCAGCAGCGGCGGCGGCACCCCCCCCGCCGGCGGGCCGCCGGUCGCCGACAAGCCGCGCUGGCAGCUCGGGAGGCGGAGCCACUUCCUGCCGCUGGACGUCACAGGUGAAGGGAGGGGAGGGAAAUUCCACGGCGUCGACCUCCUCCAGCACUCCCCCUCCCCCUCCCCCUCUCCGGGGGACCCCUUCCCCCAACAGCCCCGCUCCCUGGAGGCCGCCACGGACACUUUCCACCAGAGCCUCCCCCUGAGGAAGACCCGCUCCGACCUCGACACGACCCCACCUGCAGGGCGCACUCCAGACCGCCUUCACCCGGGAGCUAUGGACACCUCCGGGCUGCUGUGCUCCAACACGGCCCCCUCUUCCUGGAACGGACCCAAGGGCUCAACGUUCUCACCGGGGGCGUGGAACGAGCCCUACAGCUACGGCGCAAACAAAGGCCCGGCGGUCCCACCGAAACAGCACAGCGUGCUCGGAGGCGCCGGAGGGGGGGGGUCGCGGGACGGGGUGAUGCUGGUGAGCUCGGGACAGUCGGUGGGCUCGCAUUCCAGUUCCUUCGCGUCCGCGACGAACCCUUCCGGGAGGGGAGGGAACAGCGCGAUGGCGACGAUGGGGAAGCGGAGCGAGACGGAAGGGGCGGCGGAGGCGGACGGCGGGAGAGGAGGCGUGGUCGCGGAGGCGGUGAGAGGGCGGGAGAGGUCGGCGCGUUCCAUAGCGGCGGCCAACGCCUUCAAGUUCCGGGAGCGUUCGCUUUCCACGCCCACGGACUCAGGUUCCUUCAGCUUCACGGAGGGCGGUUUGGGCCCGCCAGACGGGAACGUCCUGCUCACGGGCAACGGGAACGCCGUGGCGGUGGCAGACCGCCAACAGCAGCAUCAUAACUUCUUGGGUUCUGGCGAGAACUACGCCCUUCUUUACCCGAGAGGGAGCUCCGAAGACAGCACCAGCACCGGCGACACCAUCUCUGUCACGGCCUCGGACUACAGCGCCGACGGCCGCUUGCGCCUACGCUCCCGCUCCAUCUCGCUGAAGAAGUCCAAGCGCAAGCCGCCCCCCCCUGUGAGGAGCGUGUCUCUCAUGAAGAACCUCGGAGAAGCCGAGGGGCAGAUCCGACGCGGCAGCCUUUAUCGGGAUGGCCGGCCGAAGAGCCUGCACAUCCCCAGGGACCACUUCACUGACUUCCAGGCCGAUUUCCUCCUGCCGAACUCGUCCUGCUCCUCUAAACCCAGAGUUGUAGAGCAGGAGGUGGGCCGUGGAGGCACCGAUCGACCUCCAAGCCUGGAGGUCCAGGCACCCGAGAGGGAGGGAGAGACAGAGCUGACCUUCCCCACUCACUGGCAGCUGGGCGAGUGGAAGAAUGACCCUUACAGGUCUUUAUCAGGCUCCAGCACAGCAACAGGUACAACAGUGAUUGAAUGUAUGAAAGUCAGAGGCAGCUCGGAGUCCCUGCUCGACUCCCCCUCCACCUCCAGAGCCACUUCUCCCUCACAGCUCUCCAUGGACACUGACAUCAAGGCGCCCUCGCCCUUCAAGCCCCUGGGACUUAUGUCCCCCUCAAGUGGCUAUUCCAGCCAGUCAGAGACUCCCACCCCGACUGUUCCCCUCAGUUACACGGCAGGUCACGGGACAAUAGGGACACUGGGUUGUAAGUUGCGUCCAAAGAUCCCAGAAAGAAAAUCCUCCCUGCCGUCGCCCAAGGACCCGUCUGGGAGGUGUAGGUUAUCCUUUGAGAUGCCUGGGAAUGCACAUCUGGAGCUGUCGUCGAUCAAGCCAAAGCAAAAGGCCAGCCGGCGACAUUCUGACACCUCGACGGCCGCAAAGCCGGGGAAAGUCAGCCCCGGUACCUCGCAGGCGUUGCCUGUGGUUACCCAGAACGAACUGAAGACUAUCCGGCUUCGCUCCGUCUCACGCGGGGACUUGGAGGACUGCCCCGACGGGGCGUCUGACACCAUCGAAGAGGAACAGCACGGCCGAGAGUUAGGCGAGGACCCCAGCCCGCCACCCACCCUACCCAAACCCAAACCACCUGUCGCCGUCAAGCCCCCGUUGCCCAAGCGGCCCAUAAACCUCCUCCUAAAGUCUCCUUCCCCGUCAUCCACUUCCCCCCUAGCCCUCGAUUCACCUCCUGGCUCACCCGUGGACCGGCCUGUGCCCCUAGGCAACAUCUACAAGGUAAUGAGGAAACCGAAACCCAAGAAACCGCCUCCACAAACGAGUCCCUCGGUCCGUCCAGAUCCUACCGGAAUUCCACAAGCCACAUAUGAUCAUCCAUUCCUCCCCUACUCCCAUUCCCUCUUCGAUCUCCCUCCCCUCCCGGACCCUCAGCCUCUCCUCGAAGACCCGACGAUGGAGCCCGAGUUCGGCAUGGACCCGGAGAUUUGUCUUGGUCCUGGGGACGGAGGGUCGCUCCCUUCUCCCUGCAGCGACCAGGAGGCUCUGGAUUUCCUGGACAAAAGCAAGACCCUCCCCUCGAGGAUGACCAUCUCCUGUCUGGCAGAGCUGUCGGACAAAAAGAAACCCAAGGUUCCGCCUCCAGUCCCCAAGAAGCCCAACGUCCUGCUUCUUCCCUCAUCGGUCCACUCCUCCACCAAUGGCGGCUCAGAGCGUCCGACCUCACAGGCCGACAGCCCCGUGGGUCUCCGCUCCCCCAGCGUUCCUGACGUGCUGGAGCAAGACGAGAACCACCUGGGAAUGGACGAGGACAGUUCCAAGGAGUCGUCUCUUCAUUCGUCCCUGCACGAUUCGUCCCUCACAGAGCUGGAAGGGAAAAUGGCCGGCGCUGAGAUUGAGGACCCUGCGGUCAACGAGAAGACGGUCCUCCACAUCGCCGAGGAGACGGACGACCCCGUGACGGCCGGCUCGCCCUCGACGCACACCACCGAAGACCUGUUCACCAUCAUUCACAGGUCCAAGCGAAAGGUUCUGGGUCGCAAGGAGCCGACGGACUCCUUCGGCAGCCGCCAGAGCCUGGUGUCCCCGGUGAAACACAGCACCAGCGGCGGCGACCUCCGAAACAUGACCUUGGGCAGCCAGAGGUCGAGCUCCCGCAACGAGAACUUCAUGGCCCUGCUGCAGAAGAAAGGCAGCAAGUCCACCGGCGGCGGCGCCCGGGUCUCCGCCAUGGAGCUCCUCAAAAGCACAAACCCUCUGGCGCGCCGAGUCACUGAGUUUUCGACCCCCCCGUCGGCGAGCGGCGAGGAGGGGGACGAGGCGCCCGGGAACGGCAAACCCAACGACCAAUGAACGGGGGGUAUCGGUACCGGGUGUGUAGACCGGGUCCGCUCACGGAAGCUACCGACCGAUGCCGCAGAACGGGCGCCUUUUUUGACUGACGUGUCCCAUCGGCUCGCUCCGACUACUGAUUGACCUUUGGCAUUGUCCAAUCAACUUGGAGCACAUUUCCCGGGGGGGUGAAAUGGUCCCACGGUUUUAAGCGCUUAUUGUUCCCUGUCAAACCAGCCCCCUGGAGGAAGAAGAGAUGCAGAGAGACGCUUUCUUAGUAAUAAGCUGGAGGUUUGAAGGUGUUUUCCUCAGCGUGGAGGCCGGAGACGACAAGAGGAGUAUGAGGAUGAAACGUGCCCCCCCCCCCUGGAUGAGGACAACGAGUCCCAGGGGUCCACCACGGCCAUGUACAGCUUUCACUGAGCCACAAGGAUAAAUGACAACAAAAUUAACAGGAUAAAAAGUCAGAAGAUGUGGGACUUCCAAGCGAUUUGUCUAAGAUUCAAGCAAAGCCCCCCCCCCCCCCCCCCCGACACCUGAAACCCACAUGAAAGCUGAAUUAUUGAUCUUCACAGCUCCUCAUGUCUCUGAAUCAGCCUCUCCAUGACCUGAGCGCAGGAUUUACAAAGACCAGACCCCAUCGAGGGAGGGGGGGGGCAGUGAGGAGGGGCUUUUGGCCACCAAAGAUUUGACGCAUGGGCAUGUCACACAUUUCGUUGCUCGCACUACGAACACAAACGUGGACCUCCGGGAAAAAAAAAAACAUUCCGAAGACGCAAGCACUUUUUUCCCCCCUUAUUUGCUUUAUUUGGAUGUCCCCCCCACCGCCCCCCCCCCCCCCCCCCUACACACGCAGAUGGCGUGUGCCGUACAUGCCUGACCGGAUUGUACAGUUUGUCUCAUGUACAGAGGUAAAUGUCACGCAUCUUAUCGACGGAGAGCAUCGCGGACACAAGGACUAAAAAUAGUGUACAGCAAGGAGCUCGGACACAAGAUGGAAGGAAAAACACAACAGUGUGUGUGUGUUUGUACUCCUGUGUGUGUGUGUGCGUGUGUGUGUGUGUGUGUGUGUGUGUGUGAUCAAAUCUAGCCUGUGGUGUUUCUGUCUGGGAGUAUGAAGCAGGCCUGGUUAUUAAACAGGGUUUUAUCCAUUUUUGGUCUCUGGUGAUGGGACCAAAGGACUAUCAAAAAACAGACCAACAGACCAGAGGGGACCUAAAGGUGUAUGUGUGUGUGUGUGUGUGUGUGCGUGCGUGUGUGUGUGUGUGUGUGUGUGCACCAUCGCCCCACCAACCAGACUCUGGGAUCAGGUGGAUCCUGCAGUCGAUCACGGAACCAAAACCCGAGCGGAUUCUUCUUGUUUUUAUUUCACACUCUCUCGUCUCAGAGGGGAGGCGGCACUCCUCCCUCCCACUCAUUCCUCCUCCUCCUCCCUUCAUCGCUGCUGGAGGACACGCUCCAUCUGCCCCCACGGUAGCACACCCCCUCCCCCCCCACCAUUUCAUGUCACCUUCACCCCCCCUCUGCAUUCGGUCUAUGCAUCCAAGCUCGGCAGACGCCACGACACCGGAUGAAUGUCAACGAAUGACUGUUAAGAAAAUACAUGCUGUGCUUAUCUUCGGGGGGGGGGGGGGAGGGGGGGGACAUAUUUCUGUCAGCGCUCAUCUUCUGCCUUCUCUCUUUUUUAUACUUUUAUUUGAGUUUCUCCGUGGAGGAGCGAAAGUAUCUGUGCACAAACACAAGCAGGGUUUGAAUGUUUUUGCUUAAAGGACCUUCACUUUUAGACUUGACAGUACGCCCCCCCCCCACCCCUCGCGGUAUUUGACCCCCCUGACCCCACCCUCGGUUUCUGGAUCAGCACGUGGAGGGUCUGAGAUUUUUUAGGGAUUAGCAGCUCCAACUCCGACUCGUGGGCGGAGGGGUGGAGGGAGCCGUUCAUCUCUCGAUUCCCCCGGUGCUGUUGAGUCAGAGCCCCCCCUGGUGGGCGGAGGAGGAACCGCACCCCCCCCCCACCAGGAGCAAAGAGAGAAAAAGAACCUCUUUCACACCCGCGUCUCUCCUCCCCACCUCUGUCCUACACCUUCAUCCUGGAGGACACGACAGAGUUUGAAACGCAUCAUCACCGUUUAUGGCGACAAGUGACGCUUGUUUUAAAUAUUUAGUGAAUGAAAAAAAGAUGAACCUAUAAAUCUGUGUUUGUUUUCCUCGUAUACUGAAUUACAGGCGCCUUGCUGCGGCGCCAACUGUGUUUUUAUUUUUUUGUAUUUGUUUUUGUAUUAUUUAAGCUGCCUUGGUAGUAGACACACACACACACACACACACACACACAUGGGGCCAAACGAUGAGAAGAGAAGAAAGGGAGCGCUCCUGUUGAGUCUCACCUGUUCUCACCUGAGCAGAGCGCUGAUCCCAGAUCAGAUCAGCAGAACAGGAAGCUAUUGGAGCCAAACCCACCGAUUUAUUUAGAAAUACGGGGACGAUGUUGGGAGGAGGAGGAUGUGUUUUUAUGGCAGUAUGUACUGCAUGUACUAUGUACUAGGUACUGUGUACUCUGUGGUGUGUAGACAGGUGGAAUACAUCUUUAGUAGAAAGAGGUACAAAGGUAUGUGUGCACUAGUGAAUAAAGGGUUCCCUUUGGUGGGGGAUACCUUUUAUCCGUCUGAUGGGGAAGAACGUGUCGUCUUUUAAAGUCUUUGGGCCGCGGCCAAAUGGUGCCAUGUUAUUUUUUUAAUACUUUUAAGGGGAACAAAGCGGUGAGUUCGACCGCUGAAGUAAAACCAUCUGAAAUAUGUUGACAGCUGUAUUGAGAAUGACAUUUAUCUGAAGAGGGAGCUGACAGGAGAAAUAUAUAUAAUAUGUAAUCAUCCCUUGUGUGAGAGCGGGGGAGGACCCGAGGAAGAGAAGGGCUCCGGGGGGGGGGGGUUACUUCUCAUUUCGUCUUUUCCCUGCGCCUCCUCUUUCUGUGACUCGGAGGAGUAAUCGUGUUAAAAGCUUCCCCCCCCCCCCUCUCACUCUCUCACUCUCUAGUUUUCUACCCUCAAAAGAGAUAAAAAACGUGUCUGGAAGCACAAAGUGAAGCCGGCGCUGGUCAAUAGAUCCGUUUUAGCGACUGGUUGCUAAGAGAUGAGCCAGGAAACUUUAUCUGAAAUUUAUCUGAACAAGCCAAACAAAGUUUGUGCGAGUGACAUGUUCGGCAACUGUUUGUUAAGCACAGUGUGCAGAGUUACUCAAAUGAGCGAAUCAAACGCCCCCCCCCAUGUCAGUGUUUACAAAGGAUGCAGCCAGUCAAAUACGGCUCGUCUCUCUGCAGAGUUACUGCAGAACUUAAAGGAGCAGCCUGAAGGAUUUAGUGCCAUCUAGUGCGCAGGUAGCAAAUUGCACGCAACUGCCCCCCCCGACCCCCCCGUGCUGUAGCCUCCCCUGAUAACGUUGUCCUCCACCAAAAUCCCCAAACAUCACACGUGGAGAAUUUAAAAAGCAAUAUAAGCCCCUGGUUUCAGCGGCCUGCUAUCUCCUUAGCUUAGCCCAGCUUUUAGACAGAGUGAAAGGGGGGGGGGGGGGGCGUGAAAGAUUUGGGCCAAAGAGUAUCUUGCAUUUGUUUUAGGGGAGUGCCAGAGGGGGCGGGGUCUACGCCGUUUGGACACUUCACGGGUACUUGGAGUAAAAUCAGCCUCCUGCCACACCAUAGGGAGUAAAGCCCCCCCCCUCCCCCUCCCCCCCCCCCCGUGGAGAGUCCAUGGCAGCAUAUAAAGACGCAGAGAUGAUAAUUAGAGAGCUAUAAUGAAAGAGCGACAGCUAUUGGAUUUAUUCUAUUUUUGUUAUUCCUCCUCGAAAAAAAAGACAUAUUUAAAGAAAUAUUGCGUGUAUGUAUUGAAUAAC